AGGCUUUGCAUUUUCAGUUUGCGUUUAAUAAACUUUCAUUAAAAUAUUUGCUUAAAUUCUGGCUUUAAUUUUACGAGAGGAAACCUUUUUAAACAACAAUGGCUCCACCCCAAAUUAAUUCUGCCGCCGACCAGGCCAAAUUACAGCUAAUGCAAGAGAUGGAGGUGAAGACGAUGUCCGAUCUAUAUUAUCGCAUGGCAAAUGCUUGCCAUAAGAAGUGUAUUCCCUCCCGCUAUCCCGAACCAGAGUUGGGCAAAGGCGAGAUCGUGUGCAUUGAUCACUGCGUUGCCAAGUUCCUGCACAUUCACGAGCGGAUUGGCAAGAAUCUCUUGACCGUUUACAUGCCUCAGGAGGUGAAGAACGAUGCCAGUUAACUCUGGGAUUUCCACAAGAUUAUGUUUAAAACUUAAAACAUUUAAAGAGAAUAAACCGCAGAUUUAUGAGAGCAGCCACAUCAUAA